CAGCUUAUCUGUACCAUGAACACUUUUGGCUUGGUACAAAUUGGCCUCAUUCUGUUGUACACCACCACCAUGUCAAGUCUUAACUGUAAUCACCUUCCUUUACAGCAAAGAAAAGUGAUUGAGAACAGCCUGCAACUUUUGGACAAAAUGGGCAAAAAGUUUCCUCAACAGUGUCUAAGAGAGAAAAUGUCCUUCAGAUUUCCUGAGCAGGUUUUAAAGCCCAAACAGAAAGAAACUGUCAAAAUGGCCAUUGAAGAGAUCUUCCAACACAUCUUCUACAUCUUUAGCAAAAAUCUCACUCUAGCUGCCUGGGAUGGGGCAGCUCUAGAACAAUUCCAAAAUGGACUUUAUCAUCAAAUUGAGCAAUUGGAGGCAUGUGUAACCAAGAAGCAGACCCAGUAUUUUUGGAGUAAAGAAGUCAACAGGCUGAAACUGAAAAAGUAUUUCCAAAGGAUAGACUGUUUUCUUAAAGACAAGCAACACAACCUGUGCUCCUGGGAGAUCAGCCGUGCAGAAAUGAGGAGAUGUCUUCAAUUGAUUGAUAAAGUCGUGAGGAAGCUUUACAACUAAGGGUAUACCUGCCCUCUCUCUGCUAGCAUGGAUGCGAGCUAAAGGAAGUGUUGAGAGCAACGGAUACCAGGUCUGAAGCUGAAAUACCAGACAACCUGAUAACAACUUCACCAUGAUCCAGAAUAACCGGAAAGACUAAAGGGAGAAAGAAAAGAAUCAGAGCCAUUUUUCUGCCUGGUGAGAUCCCACCAGACAUAUUAUAGC